CCAAGCCCAUCAGUUGCACUUCCGAUUCUUCUGCCAUGUCCAGCACUAUCACAAGUGCCAUGACAAGGAUGACACCAUCGCCUGCUCGCAGUCCCAGGAAGUACAUUCAGACUGUCUCGACUCUGUCUCUUCCUCCCUCUCCUGUAUCCACAACCACCUCCUCGAUACCAUCAGUAGCUGCUAGAGCUGAAGUGUCAGCUGCCGCCUCCUCCUCUGGUACCUCCUCUGCUCCUCUUGCCCCUGUGACCUCUGCAUCUGCCACUGCCACCUCUUUUUUUGUCACCUCUGCUUCUCCAUCUGUGGUUGGUCGCUCAGCUCACCCUACUGCUGACAUGGAGAUUGCUCCUGGUUCAGAGCCCGGCUGGCUGCCUGCAAAGCUGAUGGGGACCAUACCACCUCAGGAUCAGAAGUGGAUUUCAUCUGCUCUGUGCAAGAACAAGCGGCUGCGCACUGACCUGAAGCUGUGGUAUGAUCCACCAGAUCCAGCGCUCAUUUAUCAUCAGGCCCCCGCUCCAGAGCGUUUUUUUACACACCGGCUUCUCUUGUGGAUGCCAUACCACCUUUGGCGGGUCAGGCUGUCCUGUCCUGUGUGUGGAAAACAGCUCACAGGUUAUGGAGCCCACAAGCGAGCCCGCCAUGUUUUGGAUGUGGAUAGGUACUACCUGAUGAUCACGGAGACUCUCUGGUGCAGUUCAGCUGGUUGUAAAACUAGUUACAUUUCCACCAGCAAGACCAUCUUGGACCAGCUGGAUUUGGCACACAGAAUGGAGUUCCGACUGAUCCUGACACGAAGGUGAGUAUACUGAAAUUAUUUAGCCUGUGUCACAAAUGUUUGUCAUUCAAACACACUAUAAAUUAGCUUGUUUUAAUGUUUGCCAUUUUUUUGGUCUCUUUUUCACUUUGUUUCUUAAUACGGAU